AUGUCAUAUUUGUCAAAGCUUGAAUUUGUGGCACUUGACAUCUCCGAAAGGAAUUAUUUAUCAUGGGUCCUUGAUGCUAAAAUUUACUUUGCUGCAAAAGCUCUUGAAAAUACUAUUAUACAAAGAAAUGAAACAUCGGAUCAGGAUAAGGCAAAUGCUAUAAUUUUCCUUCGUCAUUAUCUCGAUGAAGGGUUAAAAACUGAAUACUUAACCCGGGUUCCAUUUGAAUUAUGGAGCAGUUUGAAGGAACGAUAUGAUCAUCUUAAGGCAACGCAACAAUAUCGUGAAAAGGGUUUAAAGAAAUAUUCUGAAUUAAUCUCAUGCCUCCUGAUGUCUGAGCAACAUAAUACCCUUUUAAUGAAAAAUCAUGAAGCCCGUCCCACUGAAUCUGCACCAUUUUCUGAAGUGAAUAUGGUCAAUAAAGCUCUUGAGGCCUAUGUCAGCCAGUUACCUGUUGCACCACCAACACCCACUCCAAAUAACAACACUUUGGAGAACCCUCGUUUUGGGCUUGCUAAUUCAGGCAGUGGUGGAAUCCCCAGCGAGCCACGAGAAGGAGAAUCAGAAACAGCUCAAAGAGCAAAGUGA